UAAAGUUCGAUUUGAGCAGUGUUAAAGUUAGAUUUGAGCAGGGUUAAAGUUAGAUUUGAGCAGGGUUAAAGUACAUCUCACAGGUCAUCAGUUGUGAUUGUACUGUGUGUUUCUGUUUGACAGCUCUGUGUGUUGUGGAGUCAGAUGGCAUUAAUGUGACGGGGGUGGUAGGUGGAAAAGUCAAAAUCAAAUGCUCUCACACAUGGGCAGGUGACAAUGAAAAAUAUUUCUGCAAAAUGAAAUGUUACCAUAGAAAUCGUCUUGUUCAAACUGAGGGCAGCAAGCAUUAUUUUGAGAAACAGAGAUACAUCAUAGAAGACUUAAGGAAUGGAGUCUUCUAUGUGACCAUCAAGAACCUGAUGAAGUCAGACUCUGGUACCUACUGGUGUGGAGUGGAGAGAUAUGGCCCAGACACAUACCAAGAGGUGCAUCUCACAGUUACAGAUGCUCAUCCUAAACCAUCAACUGUCACCUCCAGACCUCAUGUCUGCACAACAUCCUCUAACCUCUCUGCAACAUUAUCUAACAUCUCCACAACCCUCCCAAACCUCUCUGCAACAUUAUCUAACAUCUCUACAACAUUUCUGGCAUCUGGAGAAAUCAGUGGUCCUCCUUCGUCUGGAGCAGGUACCUCAGUGGUCAUCAUGGUGUCUGUUAGUCUGGUAGUGUUACUGCUGGUGAUCAGCCUGAUCAUAGUCUACAGAUGGAAAUACAACAAGGCCACAGGAUCUGUCUCUUCAACACACAGAGUGAGUCCAGACACAGGAAACAACGAAGGGGGUUGUGGAGGUGGUGACUAUGAAGAGAUAAAGGAGCGCCCCCUAAGGUCAGACUCAGGCGCUGCGACCACCGACAUCUAGGCCACCGCCAACUUACCCACAAGUCACUCUGAGUCUCUCCACUACGCCAGCGUCAACUUCCACAAGAACCCCAGUGGCCCCAACGAAGCCACUGACACCAUCACUAAAGAGGGCAGCUGCUCCAAUGAGGCCACCGCUGCCAUUGCUAAAGUUGGCACUUCAUCAUGUGACUAUGCUACUGUCAACUUUGGUCAAAGCCCCGCCUACUCUACUGUCAGUCAUCCACACAGCUGCUCUGAGGCACCUCCCAUCUACUCCACAAUCAGCAAACCCAGAGACACUUGAGUCACUGGCGACCAAUCACAAGAUACAGACACUCACUGUCGACCAAUCACAAGAGACAUAUUUUAACUAUAUGCGCUGACCUCUAUUUUGAGCAAAUUUCUCUUUUACUUUUUAUUUUUAUUUCUCUCUCUCGCUCACGGUCUCUCUCUCUCUCUGUCAGUCUCUUUCUCUCUCUC